AGCACUCCGAAUGGUCAUCUCACGUCAAUCAUAAACAGUGGCCCUGAUUCUAGCUCUCGAGUCAAGUCUCCUUUGUUUUUUCUUUUCCAGUCCCACCACCACUUUCCCUUCGCUCUUCCCUCACCUCUGGGCUCUGGCAGCUGCCUUCAACCUCGGUAGCUGAACAAGCCAAGCAGCAGCAGCAGCAGCAGCUACACAGUGAUCCUCCAUGGGAAACACCCUCGGCCUCGGCGUUGGGCUUGGCCUUGGCCUUGGCCUUUGCGCUGGCGCCGGCGUCGUAAUGCAGGCUGCUGGUCCAAAUAUGGAACACCUGAAGAGGAACGCUGAGGCAUUUGUCAACAGAGUGGUGACUUCCAAGCAUCAGCACAACACCGAGGACAUCGACGAGUCGUCUGCCGAGGGGCUGCGCGACGCGAUGAGCUACGCCAAAGAGAACCCGAUGCUGAUCCAGGUCCCGGUGUUAGGAACGGCGAGGAAAUUCUGGAGAUUAUCUGACAAAGCGACUAGGAUCAGCAGAAAACUUGCAUUGAUACUGGAGAGCCAACACUCAGCAGGCAAGUACCUCACUGCACCUCUGAAGCUGUCCAACGUUCGGAUCGGGAGCACUGGGAGUGCCAAGCUCAGGGAUGUUAGUUUCUCUGCAAAAGGCUUCAGCAUUGAGCGUGUGAGAGAUGACUACAAGCACCUGUCAAAGGUCCUGCUUAAGUUGAUUGAGAACUCGGAUGGGGAUAUCGCUAAUUUGCCUCCGGACUACAGCGAAUUCCUUGUGCUCUUGGGGAGGGGCAACAUUAAAAUGGAAGAUGAAUUCUUGAUUGUAAACCACGUUGCGCUGCUGCCCAUGGAAAACCGCACUGAGGUCUUCCUGAUGCUCCACGAUAGAAUUGUCAAUCAUCUUGGUCGUACGGACAAAGCAAAGAAGAAGAGGAUACUCCGUAAUCUCCCCUACAACAACGACUGGUUGGACACUGCCAGAGCAAAUGCAGAAAUCAACCAGUGGGUUGUCAAUGUUAAGAACGAGUACAGGAGGACUCCGAUUGAUCUACUGCGGCUCAACAGAAAUGUAAGAUGCCACUUGCAUCAGUACAACAAUGACGACAUUGAGGAGACUCUGUAUUGUGAAUGGCCCGAGCUGCUCAUGGCCAUGGAGAAGAUGUUACACUUGGUAGGUGAGCUCGUGAAAACUGGCAUUGAAAUGAAGUUCGGCUAGCCGUCCUAGUGCAAAACCGGUGUAUUCUGCGUUUCCUGCUGUCGUUAAGCUACUGUUGUUGUUCAGUUUUUAGUGAGAAGGUUUAUGGUGAUGGAUCAGCUAUAUAAGACUAUGCUGUAAAAUAUUUCCUUAAAACUCAAACUAUGCUAUAAUAAUUGUCAUUGAGUUUGAGUUUA